UUCCAGGCAACUGAACGGUGUUUGUUGGUAGCCCUUUGGUCAUAUCCCUAUUCCACAGGGUCACUUAAGUGGAAACUACAGUUACGGGAGCUAUUCUUGGAACGCUAUUAUUACAAAAUACUUGUGCUGAUGGUUUGCAUCCGGUGCAAUCGGGAGAUUCAUCUAUAAUGAUAAACUCGAGCAACUGUUAGCCACAGCAAACAAGCGUAAUGAUCCAGCAUACCGGAAAAAACGAGUACAGACGAAAAGUGGAAGAGGGAAGAACAGGCCUAGUGUUAUGACUCCCUAUCCGUACUACGAAGGGAGCAGAGAAAACGCGAAUGAUAAAUUCAACACAGAUUCUGACAAAUCCAAAAUCACCGUGGAGAAUAACGUUGACAACCCGCGAUCAGACGAGGCCGUUAUUUUCACCGACCUCGAGCACGAUGACGAGGAUAAUGAUGAUGACGAUAAUGAUCCUGAGGCUAACGAAGAAUACGAUCAUGUAAGAACUCAGGACAGCCAGUUUCCAGGUGAUUUUCCAGGUGAGGAUGGCAAGGGUCGUGAGUGGGGGGGAACCGUCGUCACUUACGGCGAAAUCGAUGGAUCUGCUGGGGUCGUAACAGAUGAUGGAGGAUACGAUGAGGAGGGUCGGUGGCCAGGCAGCGGUGGUGCAGUGGCCACGGUGAAGCUUGUCCUGGAAGGAAAUCUGGGCGUUAUCACCAAAGCUUGGCCUUUGCACAAGAACCUGCGGUUAUUGAGGACCGAAGUCAGCGAUGCUACUCAAGUCCCAGCGCCUUUCCUGGAGCUCACCUUACGCGGAGGUGUUCUAGAAGAGGGAUCCACUCUGAGGGACGCCGGAGUCGAAGCCAAUGAGACUGUUCAAGUUGCUGUGUCUUCAAAGCGGCCACGCUCUCACCCACUCGCGCUAGUUGCUCCAGUUACAUCACCCAUCCCAACUCCAGAUGUCAUCACCGUUAUCGUCACAGAUAGUGAUGGUGGGGAGAGAGAGGUUGUGGUGGAGGUCGAGUGGGGAAGCUGCAGGAAGCCCUGGCUCGGUGGAUUCAAGCACAGAGUCUCUGGAAUCCACUUUCACAACGCUACCACUCAGACAGUCCCUCCUUCCAAAACGAGACCUACUCAGGUCACUCGCGGAACUCAGACAGUGAAGACCCGAUGCUGUAGUACUCAAACAAAUCGAAAUGCUUCCACACAAACGACGUACCUGCACCCAAUGGUUCUUUCGCCCGACGCCAUCAUCAUUACGCCAAUGGAAUAUUCAUCAAGCUUCAGAUAUGACCUUAACAGGAUUUUGCUCUUGCAAAGGCUGGCCCGGGGGUGGUUAGCUCGUCGUCAGGUCAAACAGUUAAGGAGGGAAAGACUACAAAUGCCACUAAAUCCUAGCAAUGGGAAUGAUGUGUCUUCCUUGACCUCUUCUUCCUCUCCGCAGUUUACUGAGCACAGUACUAGUCAACAACAAAAGGGGUGGCGGGGAGCUGUUCCAAUGGCGGAACUAUAUUCCCGACUGGAGAACUGGAGGAAAAAGCAAGUUUCUCAGAUCAACGCCACUCUGUCAGGGAAAGCACGCCGGAGAGCUUUGGUCGCUCUCUUGGAUAAAGAGACGGAGCUCCUCAGAUCUCUGGAAGCUCACAGAUCACUACAAUCAGCCAGAAGAAGAAAUGCUGCCAUUACUCGCUUCUUGGAAGAGGUGUCUCGGGCACAAGUUUGGGAGGUUGGCGGCGAGACAAGGGGAGAAGUUGAAGUGGAGACACCAGAGACACGCCCAGUCAGAGACCUGGCGGCUUUAGCAACGGCACUUCAACAGGAUGCAACUGUUCAAGUGAGACUGAACCAACUCAAGGCACUUGCGGCAACGGUAGAACAUUUCCAUCCUACGCGAGGUGAUGCUAUGGGAAGCAGACGUACUGGACAGGAAUUGGUUAACCUGGCUCGUAGAGGAACUCAUCUCCUGGUCAGAGGGACGACUGAUGCCCGACUGAAAGGACUAAGGAAACGACUGCAUACAUUAAUCAUCAACUACCUCCACCAAGUUCAGGGUCGGGAAAUAUCUUCCAUCGUGGCUCCACGAACUAUAAGAGCUGCCGGAGGAAAGCCAGUCCUGGCACACGGUCGAGAGUGAAAGUACUCUGUACUUAUCAGGAAAUGCGGUUCGAAAUCACACCUUACAUGUUAGAAGCUCUAUAUUGACCGGGAUUGAAUAUGCAAUACCACGAAUUAGAAGAGCGUAUAUUUCACAGAGUUUCAAAAGAUCAUAUCACCUCUUCAGUGUUGAAAACACUGAAAAUGAGACGUAAAAUCUCAAACUCUCUGUUCAAUACACUCUCGACUUUGCCGUUUAUAUGUUUUUAAUUUUGCGCAUUAAACAUAAUUUUGUAGUCAAAUCCUGUAAAUCUCAAAAGUUUGUUUUUUUAGGUUGUAUUGUAAAAGAAAACAAGAAAAAAUAUACAAAUUAAAUACCAACUUUAGAUUUAUGGAAAACUAACAAAUACAGAAGAAUUUUUUAAUAUUAAUAAGAAACAAAAUUAUCAUCUAAAGAGAGUUAGUUGUUUGCACUACCAGGAUAAACUAAUUCAUAACAAUACUUCAUAAUUAUAUGAUUUACUAUAUUUGAGCUAUAGUAAUGUCAAUUAUUACAAACUUCUUUCAUUCAGAAGUGACCAAUAUUACUGAAAAUUCUAAAUGCAAUAGGGUUCGUGAAAGACUGGAACCACAAAAGAAUAUCUUGAAUAACGAUGAAGCAUUUAGAUUGCUAAAGCACGGUAGAAGACAACUUCCCAAAAAAAGAAGUACAACAAGAGUAAUUCUCAGUAUGAUGUAUAUCUAAAUAUACGGUUGUGUAAAGUACUGAGUAGAUCGCAGAACCCACAAUAAUAUCAGGUCGUAGGAUGCCAAAUAUGUAUGCUAAAUGUGAACCAAAUUCUCAGCAUACAGUACUAAGCUCUGUCAUAUCAUGCUAUUUGAAUCGAAAGACCAUUGGAAUAGGCUACCAAAUGUCUGCACAAAAGACGAACAAGAUGUGUUUGUGAAAGCCACUGCCCCUGAAAGUGGCAAUUUAGCAAUCUCCGUGGCCUUCAUAUUAGCCUCUUAUUUGUGAAGUAUGUACUCGUACCAGAUGAGAAGUCUCUAUCUUUUAUAGUUCUUAAGAUAAGGCCAAUGGUAAAAAUCUUUAACCUUACGAGAUAGACAGAUUUACAGGCAGAUUGACAAAAAGAGAGAUACAUGACUUGAGGGCCCUGGAUGUUAAACUAUUAGCGUAAAAAAAAAGAAAAUACUGCUUUACCAUGAAAAGACAGACUGCCUCUUAAGGUAUGAAUUAAAAAUUUAUGAAAAUGAGUAUACACAAAAUGAAUAACAGCGAUUACUACUCGCCUCAACAUUGAAAGGGCUCUUUCGGUAUUAGUAGACACCUUUAUAUGCAUACGGUAAAAAUUUAGCAGCCAUAUAUAAUAUGUAUGAAUGUCUUAAACUAGUGCAUCUAGAUGGCUUGCUAGUGAUUAGGGAUAUCUUUUGCCUGCAGAAAAGAAUUGUGAGGUCUACAAGGAAACUUAGAUUACAUAAGUUGAGAAUACGUGUUUAUCAUCUGUUAAAUACAAAUGGUAAAACUCUUCCCUAACAAACUAAAACUCACAAUGCCAUAAUUUUAUAAAAGUAAAAGUUAUGAUAGCUAAAAGAUUCUUUAAGACUAUAGCAUUCUGCUAUCAGAUUUGAUGUUUGUCAUUUGUUUUGCUUACAUGGCUAAAUGAAUGCUUAUGAUCUUGUUUUUUUUUUUAUUGAUUUUAUGAUUAUGACUUUGUUUCGUUGCUUUUACUCAGCUUAAGGGUCUCAGUUAAUUUCGUUUUACUUGGACACAGAUAUCUAGGUACCUAGAUUGUGUAAAAUUACAAAUAUCUUUAAAAUUACCAACUAACAUUGUAUAUUAGUGGGUACUUACUUUGUUCUUCACAUUGAUAGAGGUAUCCACAUAAGUUUCAUGAUCUCGUCUUUGAUUUCCUGAAGGCUGAAAUUUCAGAUGGACGAUGGGUUGAUGCCUUAGUCAACACACAUGUGCAAAGACUCUUCUAGACUUUGAUGCUCCCAAGUAAUACUACCUUGAAAGUAAACAGUAACACCUGAGUAUCAGCUAAGUGACUGAGGGAGUGAGGAUAUAUUUUUAUAGUAAGAUUGCACUAUGGCACAAUGAGUGGUAUAUGGUAUAUAGCAGGAAUAACAUAAACACAGUAUGUAACAUAACCCUGUGUAAAGGCAACUGAAACGAUCAAAGCGCUCUCCAUGGUAAAUAAGGAUUCCCUAUUAAAUAUCAUGUGUAGUCAUUGCUUAGCUUCAUGUUUAUGAUAUUGUACCUUUGGAUUGGUGCCAAAAGUAACUAACAGGAAGUUGCAAAAUGUAUAAAGAUAAACUUACGAAUGUAG